AUGGGCGCUACCAUCAUGACUCCUCCAAUGGAACCUUCAUCCCCUUUAGACGGCGGUAUUCGAAAACGAGUUUGCAAGGCGUGCGACAGAUGCCGUCUAAAGAAAUCCAAGUGUGACGGUGCCAGCCCUUGCAGUCGGUGCAAGGCAGAUAAUGCCAUCUGUGUCUUUGGAGAGCGCAAGAAGUCACACGACAAGGUCUAUCCCAAGGGUUACGUGGAGAUGCUCGAGAGCCAACAGGCACAGCUUGUAGCCGGUCUACAAGAAUUGUACAAGCGAACGCAAAAUGGCCAAGGGUGGAUUGGCUCGCCCUUGAAGGAAACCAACCACGGCAUGCCUUUGACCCACGACAUCCUUGAAAGAUUGGGAGCCUUGAAGCAAGAGGGCCAUGCUACAAACGACGUGUUCGAGGAGGACCUGACAGUCUUGCAGCAGAAGUUGAUCGCUGAUGGCGCCGGCUUCAUGCAACGGCAACCUUCGCACGAUUCACACUCGGACAGCAGCGCUCCUUCACCUAUCUAUGAGCCCGUCGCCCAGAGACCCAACUUCACCAACCCAUUCACCCUCAAACAAUUCCCUCCGACUCCUCCCAACCAGAGCCCAUAUCCCCAAAAUGUCCGGGCGAUCCCCCCCGCGAAGUCUCAAACUUACCCUCACGACCAGUCGAAUCUGAGCUGGAACACCCCUGCUUCAGAGUUUGACGACAGUAUGGAUUUCAUCAACCAAUUCGAAUCCCCCAUGAUGGACUCCUCGGUCGAUAUGAACGUCUUCGCCACGAGCAUGUUUCAAGAUCAGAUCGUUCCCGCAGCCAUCAACCCGUGUCUGACGAUGAAGGAUUGGGCCGGUCAGGAAGAUCUCCAACGAUAUUUCAACCCAGCAAUGAUAUAA